AUGUUGACAGAAUUCUUGUUGAGCGUCCGCACAUGGACAGCUGUGGCCAUUUUAGCAAGCGUGUAUUAUCUUCUUUUCCGCCCACGACAACCGCCCGCCUUUCCCAUCGUUAACCAAUACCCCAACGACUUCUUCCGCCGCAAAGCAUACCGCGAAGUCCGCGAAAAUGCCAAACAACUCAUCAUUGAUGGCCUCGCCAAACACGGCGGCCCCAUCACCAUCCUCAUCCCCCACGGCCAAAAGAUCAUCCUCCCCUCCUCCCUCACCACCUGGGUCAAAUCCAACAAAGACCUCGACCACAAACAACUCGUCCGCGAAGACUUCUUCUCCGGCAUCCCCGGCUUCGAAGCCCUCUCUCUCCUCCACGACCCCGACUCCAUGCUCAUCAACCUAAUCACCACCAAAAUGGGCCCCAGCAACAACCCCACCCUCAUCAAAGCCAUGCACACCAGCCUCUCCCACGGCCUCCCUACCCUCUGGAACAACAACAACAGCGCCGACGACGACAACAACACCUCCACCUCCCCCUCCUCCUCCUGGCACGUCCUCCCCAACUGGCAAACCGCCACGCUCGGCGUGAUCGCCCGCGCCGCCUCCUCCGUCUUCGCGGGGCCCGAAAAAGCCGCCGACGCCGAGUGGCUGGCGCUGGUGCAGGGGUACGUGGGCGCGUAUUUCGCCGGCGUCGCCGACCUGCACCGGUACCCGCGGUGGAUGCGGCCCGUGGCGCACUGGUUCCUGCCCAACGCGGCCGCGUGCCGGCGGUAUGUGGCGCGGGCAAGGGCGGUGAUGGAUGCGGUGUUGCGGGAGAGGGCGGCGGUGAGGGAGGGGAGGGGAGGGGGGGAGUAUGAGGAUGCGUUGGAGUGGGCGCAGGAGGCGUCGGGUGGGCGGGUGCCGGCCGGGGAUGUGCAGCUUUCGUUGGCAAUGGCGGCGCUGUUUACGACGACGGAGUUGUUUCGGGCGUUGGUGGUUGAGAUUGCGCGCCGUCCGGAACUGGUUGGGGAGUUGCGGAGUGAGGUGGAGGAGCAGAUUGGAGAGCAUGGGAUAUCGGCUGCUGCUUUGUCGGGCAUGGUUCUAAUGGACAGCUUUAUGAAAGAGACGCAGCGACUGAACAGCGGGCCAGUGGUCCUCGAACGCGUGGCCCUCAAAGAUACAACACUCCCCGACGGCAAAGUGAUACCCCAUGGCGCUCACAUCAUGGUCGACUCCACCGACCUGUGGAAUCCCGCCGUGUACCCCAACCCAGACCAAUUCGACGCCCGCCGGUUCUUGCGCAAGCGCCAAGAAGGCGACAAGGCCAGCCAGUUCGUGCAGUCCAGCCCGACGUACAACGUAUUUGGUGGUGGCCGGCACAUCUGCCCCGGUCGCUUCUUAGCAAGUAACGAGUUGAAGCUCGCCCUGGCUCACAUCCUCCUCAAGUACGACGUUCGACUGGCUGAGGGCUGCGAGCCCAAGAACUUCCAGCACGGCUUUUACGUAAUUGGUGAUCCGUCUGUUCGGCUCGAGGUGAGGAGGAGGGACGCGCCGAGUGGGAGCUUGCUGCUUUAG